ACUAACGUGAUAGGUACUGUGAGUGUGUGAUUGUGAAUUUAAAUUAUUUAUAAUUGGAGUUUUUAAGAAAUAAGAAAAUCCAUUCAUUUCGUGUUGGUCAUUUGACACAUUUGUAUAAAAUGGCUAAAAUGAAGGAAUUAGUUGAAUUGGAAAACAAAAUUUUGAGCCAUGAAGCGUACGGCGCAUCUUAUAAGUGGUCACCUAGGGACUUUGAGCUGGGUUCAGCUCUCGGCCAAGGCAAGUUCGGACAUGUCCAUGUGGCCAGGGAGAAGAAGACUGGGCUGCUUGUAGCGAUAAAGACGUUAUUCAAGUCUCAAAUUGUCCGCUCCAAGUGUGAACGACAGGUUAUGAGAGAAAUUGAGAUCCAAUCACAUUUGAAGCACCCGAACAUCCUCCGAUUGCUAACCUGGUUCCAUGACGAGCGACGGAUCUACUUGGUGGUGGAGUUUGCGGCUGGCGGGGAGCUCUACAAACACCUCACAAAUGCACCCCACGGACGAUUCCCAGAGUCUAAAGCUGCUAAAUAUAUUUACCAGGUAGCAGAUGCGGUGGAGUACUGUCACCAACACCAUGUAAUACACCGUGACAUCAAACCUGAGAACAUUCUAGUAGACUUCCAUGGCAACCUGAAACUUGCUGACUUUGGUUGGUCUGUCCACGCACCAUCUGAAAGGCGUAAAACGAUGUGCGGCACUCUCGACUAUCUACCACCAGAGAUGAUAAAGCGUGAAGUAUACGACGUGUCAGUCGACCACUGGUGUAUAGGAGUACUGCUCUAUGAGUUCCUGGUAGGGAAGCCUCCGUUUGAAAGCGAGGGACAGGACAAGACCUACGAACGAAUUCUGGCUUUGGACAUGGUAUACCCUGAAUAUGUGCCUCCGGGAGCCAAGGAUCUUAUUUCUAAGCUCUUGCGACAUUCUAGUAAGGACCGAUUGUCGCUAGACGCAGUGAAGAAACACUUCUGGGUACAACAAUUCCACAACAAGGGAACGGCGAGUGGUUAGAAAGCUAUUGAUAUUAAUUACAAAUUCUUAUAGAAAAGAAGGAAAAUGUAUGGAACGGAUGGAUGUACUUGAGUAGUUACCUAGGUCAAAGACAAAUUAUGAAAUUUUGAUAAAGGAAACAGAAAAAUAGAAUAAUGACGUCACAGGUUGCUUUUUUAUACAAAUUCCAUAGUAAUUUCGUGUUUUGACGUUUAGUAAAAAGUAACUGAUUUGGCUAGUUGGAAACUAUCCUAUUAAAAGGUGUUAGUGACACCGUAACGAAUACUGAGGAGGAUGUUCAGCUCAUAAUUCUGAGGUAAAUCACAACAUUAACUACAUAAAUAGCGUAUAUACACCCCACUGCUCGACACAGGCCUUUCAUCAAUCAACCGGAGGGGGUAUGGAGCAUACUCCACCACCCUGAUCCACUGCGGGUUGGAAGCAUUUCGGCUAAUAGCACACCUCGGACACUUCAUACAAAAAACCUCGUUUUACAAACACUACACAUUGAAAUUAUCGUACACGCGGAUCUGUGUGUGUGACGUCUGACACCAUACGAUUCAAGUCUAAACUAUGUUCGAGGGGGGGGUGAGGUAAACCUAGCUCGGACGCUGGUGGGGAGCGGAGAGUUGCCGUUCUAUAUGUAGUAUUAUUCCUUAUUCUAUGCUAGUAACUAAUAAGAGUUAGGUUCUUAAUAAUACAAAUGUAGAACUAACGUGAACCUAAACACGUUUAGUUUAGGUUAUGGUAUGGAUACGGGCAACCACCUACUUUUAAUCUGACAGGACUAAAAUGUGCUCUAUCUCUUUCUUGCACUUAUUGUAAGUAAAGGACGGCACUAAUUUAAGAAUUGUUAGACGAAAAUUAUGAAAUAUGGUGUGUGUGAGUUUGUAUGUUCAGAAGAUAAUUUUGAAUGUUAUAAUUAUGUUUAUGUUAAUAUUUUAAUUGUGACAGUAAGAUAUUGAAUUUUUUUAAGGCAUUCGUGUUAUUUUAGCGCGUAUGUAACGUAAUAUUUUGUGUAUUUAAUUAAAUAUGCCAUAAAAUAUCA